GCGGCCGACCGAGAAGCCGACUCUACCUCCGCCUCCGUCCACCGUACACCUGCAGCCAACAUGAAGGGCGGCACCAUAAAGCCCGAGGGCGUCCUCAGCGAGCCAGACGCCGACAAGCUCGGCCGGCGGCUGCACAAGUCAAUGAAGGGCGUCGGCACCGACGAACGUGUCAUCAUCGAGAUCCUGACCAAGCACAGCGCCGCAGAUCGCAAGACUAUCGGCUCCUGCUACAAGAUGAAGUUUGGACGGGACCUGAAGGCUGACCUGAAGGCGGAGCUUGGAGGCAACUUCGAGUCAGCCGUGCUGGCGCUGUGCGAGUGGGACAACCAUUACCUGGCGCAGUGGUGCCGAAAGGCCAUUCGGGGCCUCGGCACCGACGAAAGCACGCUCAUCGAAAUUCUCUGCGGCUGCAAGCGGGAUAUGGUGGCGCAGGUGGACGCCGCCUACAAAUACCAGUUUCGCCGCUCGCUGGAGGAAGACAUCGAGUCGGAGAUGGGUGGCGACGUCAAGCGCCUGAUGGUUGCGCUGCUGCAGGACGGCAGGGAAAACGACGACGUCGGCGUCAGCCCGCAGCGCACCAAGGAUCUGGCCCAGGAGCUGUAUGAGGCAGGAGAAGGCAUGAAUGGCGGGACAGACGAGGAGACGUUUAUCCGGAUCUUCUGCACAACGAACUACCCCCAGCUCAAGAAAACGUUCGAGGAGUACAACAAGUUUGCGGAUAAUUCGAUAGAAAAUGCCAUCGAGAAGGAGUUUUCAGGAGCCCUGAAGGAUGCUCUUGUGGCUGUAGUGCUGUGCGUCAAAGAUCAGAACAAUUACUUUGCUAAGGUGCUACACGAUGCGAUGAAAGGUGCCGGCACUGACGACGACACACUCAUCCGCAUAUUGGUCACACGAUCAGAGAUCGACUUGGAGGACAUAAAGGAGGCCUUCAAGAAGGCCUACAAGAAGACGCUGGCCGAGGCGGUCACGUCAGAGACAUCCAGGGACUACCAGAAGAUACUGCUGGCCAUCAUCAAGUAAUGAGCGCACCUGAAGUGCUGCUCUCUGGAAGCGGUCAGCUGAGGAACUGCGCAAUCGCAGCCAAUCGGUCUGUGCUGUGAACAGGUGUUAUCUGUGACCCCGGCCGUGCGUGUUACGCUGCCCCUGACUCCAAGAACGAGGCAUGUACUGCAUUUGAUUGUUUGAAAAUUGAUUUGAACCUUACUGAUGAGACCUUUCACGUAGGCGGUGUGGCGGGAUGCGGCAGCACCGCCCUGUGUGUGGCGUGUGCGGGAUCGGCCGCUGCUCCGUCCGCGUUCCAGCGAAGGGAGCACCGGCACACAUCAGUAGCCAGCCGGUGCCAUCCAGCCUAUUGCUGUGGAAGCUCCAGCCUUUUGCUGCAAAGCCAUCCGUAAACCAGAGCAAAUCAUGCGAUGAUAUCGGGCUAUAACCAGUGCCAGGAUUCUGACAAGUCCUUGACAUUCUUAGGGAUCUGCAAUAACUCUGGACAGCGUGGAGACGUGCGCAAUGAAUGCUGCCUCUUGUCACACAUCUCGUGUUACACCACACUAUGCAUAGACUUUGUGUGCCACAAGUGUUGCGAUUUAAUUCCCGCCUGGUGCGAAACGUGUUGCGUGCAGUGAAUUGCAAUACAUUUCCUAUAAUUU